UUUCUUUUCAGAUGAUGUGAGAGAGCGGAUAAACGAAGGAUGAAAACUUUAGUUUAGUUCAACCCGACCCAGUUGGAAUCGCAAUUUUAAUGUCUUAUAUAAACGGGAUAUUAAUAUAAUUUACUUUAUGGUAAUCUACGGUGAGGUAGAUUAAAAUCAGAGAUGGCGACUUUUAUUAAUAUUGUAAAUAUACUGUUGUAUGUUUGUAUUAUCGUCUCCAUUUCCGAAGGUAGCAAUCCAAUUAGACUUGGACCAAAUACUAUGAGUUUAAUAUAUACCAAGAAACCUGGACUAAAACUUGAAGGUGCGCAACAAACUAUGACGCCAUGUGUUAAUGACGUGUGCACACAUCCUGGAAAGGUUCGUUGCGCGAACUUGUGCAUACAAUCGCAAGAGUGUCGGAGCUUCGGUUAUAAACCUACUACAGAAGAUACCGGUGUUUGUGUUAUGUACAACUUGACUGUGUAUGAUUUCGGUUCCAAACCAGUUUUUGAUGCAGAUUGGGAUUAUUAUGGUGUAGAUGAUGUUGUCGAGGACGUUGUCGAUGGAGAUUGGAUCCUGGCAUUCCGUGGGAUGAAUGGGAUUGUGGACAAGAUUAAAGAUGUUUGGGCCAACACUGGUCUCAAAAAUAAUCCCAAAGAUACGGACCCGUCUUGUUACUCUGUCACUGGAAAUUGUUCUUAUCACUACAGAUCUAGCUGGCUGGAUAAAUGGGACUCAACUGAUAUUGAUAAGGUUCGGUUUAAUUUUUAUGACAAUGGCGAUGAAGUUGUAUCAAUGACGUUUAAUGGAACAGGUUCAACUAAAGAUAACUGGUAUAGCUGGGACCGUCUACUGGACAACAGUCGAUGGACAGAUCUUAAAACAGCUGAGCCAUUUCACUUUAGUAUGACAGGACAACUAAACCGUCAUUUCUUUGUGAGUGAAGGAAGUGGUAACAAGUUAGAGUGUGGUAUCAUCAACGGGUGGGUGGUGAUUAUUGAUGUCGAGAAGAACUUUUGUAGCUUUGAUAAGGAGUCAGGACCGUUACCUGCUUUCCUCUACAGCAGCAAGAAUACCAAGGUGUCAAUGGACUCAACAGAUGUACUUAAAGCUGACGUUAUGGCGGUGUUCAUCAAGCUGAAGAGUUGAGUACCAGUUUAACACUAAGGCCAGGAGGACCGCACAUCACACAAACAAAAACUAACUAGACAAACCCGUGGACAAGACAAACCUGCGGACAAGACAAACUACACUGAUAUUAUUACUAUUAUUAUUAUUAUUAUGAACAUUUUAUAGCGCACAAUUCACUAUAGGUGCUCAAAUGCGCUUUACAAACCUGUUGAAAGAUUUUGAAAGAAAUAGACAACUUUUAACAUCAAAUCAAGUGAAUAGAUUAGUUUGGAUAAUUUUCUUCACAAACAAUUAUCGUGUUCACAAGCUUGAAAAGGAAAUAUGUUAAAGCGAGAAUUUCAAAUUUUCUAAGAAAGUCAAAACAUAAUUAUUUCUAUGUCUUUUGCUCAAUAGGUUAUCAAAUCACAUAAUACGAUCAUGGGCAUUAUUUCCCACCCUUAAAAAUCUAUGACACAGGAAAUAAAAACACAAUUACCUCCCCUGUUUUGCUAUUGACAACAUGGGGCAGCCAUUUUCUAACGUUGGAAUUUGAAGUUAAAAAUGAUAUUUUUGCCAAUUUCUCAGCUGGCAAUAGCGAAUUAUUGGAUUAAUAGGAUUAUUCUUUAACAAGGUAGAACUGUUUAUGGAUACCAUCUAUUUUAAGGCUUUAUUUUAAUACAUUUUAAAAAUAUAACUUGAAAAUGUGCAAUUUCCGCUUUAAAAACUGUAACUUCUAUCAUGUUUACACGGUAACUCUGGAACGGUAGGUCACAGAACGCUGAAUAUCGACAGUGUUCAUCCACUCAUUGCAACAAUACUUCUCGUCAAAUUUUAAAAAAAAAACACCCACUAGAUAAACUGUAGCCUAGGCUAUAUCAUGUUCACACAUUUUUUUAUGUGAAAAAGGGGAAGGUGAUAACUUCAAAAUCAAAAAUGCUGAAUAUCUGUAGGGCUCCUAUACUUCUUUAGUAGGCACUGUGGCCUACUCUCAUUUCGAAUUCCAACUGUCAAGGGAUCUUUUAC